AUUAAAAUAUAAAAUAUAUAAGUAAUAUUAUGGCGAUGAAGCAUGAGGAAUAUUUUCUAUGCCCAAGUCACAAUCCACCAGGGAGUUCUUUACUUUAUUUGAAAGCUUACAUAUACUAAGUUGUUGGGCACAAGAAAACUGUGAUUGCAGGAAAAAAGAAACAAUAAAGAAGUAUUAGCACAUUUUGAGUAGUGCAGGAACUCAAAGAUAAGUGGUGAAGGAAUUAAUGAGAUCAACUGAAAGAUAGAUCAAUGGAAAAAUUAGUACAGGAUGAUUGGGUGGUGAAAGUAAAUGAUGAAGUUGAUCAGAUGAAACAUAGAUCGAUUGAAGAGAUUGAGCAGCACUGGAAGAAACGUUCCAUCUACCGAUUGCCAGCAUCCAUUACAGAGCUGAACAAACGUGCAUACAAGCCUCAGGUGGUCUCCUUCGGGCCUUUUCAUCAUGGCCAGCCACAUUUGCAGUCAAUGGAAGCACACAAGCACCGCGCUUUCCUUAUAUUUCUGAAAAGAUCAAAUAAACCAGUGGAGUACUUCAUGGAGUCUUUAGCCCCUCUGUUUGAGGAUUUGAAAAGCUCUUAUGAUUUCCUUGACAGACAACAAGACACCGACUUGUUUCUGAAGCUAUUGAUUCUUGAUGGCUGUUUCAUGCUUGAAAUUCUGCGCAUGUCAGCCAGUACUGAUGGUUUCUAUCAACAUCACACCUGGAAUGCCACCAGCUCUGCUGAUUUGUACGACGAUGAUAAUUUUGUUGCUGAUUAUGCUCCUAAUGACCCGAUUUUCAGCAAUCACGGGAAGCUCUAUAUCAUGCCAUACAUCAAGCGAGACAUGCUUAUGCUAGAAAAUCAGCUCCCCAUGAUGCUGCUUCAGAACCUGCUGGCUAUUCAAAAUGAUAGGCCUACGCAUGAGGAGUUCUUAAACUACCACAUGGUCAAGUUUUACUCUCCAGAUAUACCAGUACCGAACCUUGGGGAAUGCCUGCACUUGCUGGAUGUAUACAGGAAGAGCCUACUUUUUGAUCACCGCCCUCAUAAAUUUCGUCGUGCAAGGCCUUACAACAGUAACGAAGAAAUCAUACGUUCUGCCAUGGAGCUCAACGAAGCAGGUAUCAGAUUCAAAACAAGUAGAACCACUAGCCUCAAAGACAUCUCAUUCCACAGUGGAGUUCUAAGACUCCCACGUAUCGUGGUGGAUGACACAACAGAAGCCAUGUUUCUCAACCUAAUUGCCUUUGAAAGGUUCCAUGUUGGCGCAGGGAAUGAGGUGACAGCCUAUGUUUUCUUCAUGGACAACAUUAUUGACAAUGCAAAGGAUGUCAAUCUUUUGCACUUGCAAGGUAUUAUUCAAAAUGCUGUUGGAAGUGAUAAGGCCGUGGCUAAACUAUUCAACUCGCUUUCAAAGGAUAUAACACUUGAUCCUGAUAGUAGUUUGGAUAUUGUGCACAAGAGUGUUCACAACUACUGCAAGAAGCCCUGGAAUGAAUGGCGCGCAAAUCUUAUACAUACUUACUUCAGGAGUCCAUGGGCUAUUUGUUCAGUCUUCGCAGCAUUCUUGCUGUUCGCCCUCACUAUUAUUCAGACAAUCUACACUGUCGUGCCAUACUAUGAACAAGAUCCUCCUCUCCCUACUCCUCCACCGCCACACUUCAGACAGAACUGAUUUGAAUUUCUUCCUUCUGAAAUUUAGUUUGGAUUGAUUUUUUUUUUUUUUUUUUUUUGUAAUGAGUUUGGAUUGAUUUCAAUGUACAAGAGUAUAGAGUUUUUGCUUUA